AGGCAGAAGGCGGUUGGAAGGUGAAGUGAAAGCGUUUGGGGGUGGGAGGUGGAAAGUGGCAUUUAACGAUCAUCACUUUGUUCCCCAACUCCAACACCAUUUUCACAGUCCCACUGCUGAUCUGUCACUUUUCUUCGCCGCCCUCCUCCUCCGCCAGUUUUGCUCUCUCUCUCUGAAAUUAAACGUCUUUGCUGAUGAAACAAAGUAAGCAAAAGUUUUCGAUCAAGGUACGAGAGAAGCCGAGUCGAUCACUAUCCCAAAGGUGAGGUGAAGACUGCUGUCAGUUCAGACGGCUUUGCAAUGUGGACCUCAUGCUGCAACUGGUUCUGUGUGGACAACCAGACCAUGGAUGAACCUGAACAUAAUCCUAGAAGGCAGGCAUACACUAAUGCAGGCUACAACUCUCAGUCAUCUCCAUCUGGAUUAGGACACACAUGCAGAGCUUGCGGUUCCCGAUUUGAAAAUCCACUGAGAAAGCAUGUAUGUGUGGACUGUAAGAAGGAUUUCUGCACAGCCUGCUCUGUCCAACCUGAGAACAGUCCCAAAAUGUGCCACACUUGUCAAAGAUUCCGUGCCACUGACUUUGAACGAGGAGAGCUAAUGAAACUGAAAGUGAAAGACUUGCGUGAUUAUCUCCAACUACAUGAGAUUUCAAUGGAGAUGUGCAGGGAGAAAUCUGACUUGGUGGAUCUCGUGCUGGGACAGCGACCUCCGACUGCCCCAACCCAUCAUGUGCAUAUUCCUGUUUAUAGAAUGGACAAUCCUGAGCAGCAGUACUUCAUUCCAAAUACACACAUGGGGACAACGGCAUCUACCUCACGGGAUGAUCCACCACCAUAUGGAGCAAACAGCCCAGAACGGUCUCGGCAAGCAAACUUGUUGAACACAGAAAUGUCAAUGGAGAAUCAGAAUGAGUCUGUGUCACAAGUGGAGGAUGAGACUGAGUCCAUUGAUUCUGAGGAGAUCGCUGCCCCAGGACAGCACCGAGCCUCCCUGUCAGAUCUGACUUGCAUAGAAGAUAUUGAAGCUCUUACAGUACGUCAGCUAAAAGAAAUACUAGCACGAAAUUUUGUAAAUUACAAAGGGUGUUGUGAAAAGUGGGAGCUGAUGGAGCGAGUGACAAGGCUAUAUAAUGAACAAAAAGAUCUUCAGAAUCAAGGUGGGAAUGAAUCAUUGGGUGUCGAAGAGAAUCUCUGUAAAAUUUGCAUGGACUCUCCAAUUGACUGUGUGCUGCUUGAGUGUGGCCAUAUGGUCACAUGUACCAAGUGUGGGAAGCGCAUGAGUGAGUGCCCCAUCUGCAGGCAGUUUGUUAUCCGGGCUGUACAUGUCUUCAAGUCUUGAAUAACUGCAACUACUGUGAAACCAUAUCAGAUCAAUUGGAGACGUGCAUUUUCACAACCCAGACCCAGGCUGCUGAUUUAAACAUAUCUGACUGCUGUUACUACUAGUAAGUCAGCUAAUGCAUUUUGACCUCACUGAAUGAAAACACUAUUAUGUAGAAAAUAUUUAUAUAAAGUAUAUAUCAUUUACCUUGGAUAGGUUGAAAGGGUGUCUUUCCAACUAACCUUCUCCUACUCUAGAAAGUAAGGUAAGAAUGAAUGAGAGAAGUAUGAUUGGAAAGAGAAGUACAAGAAAAAGCCAAAACAGAACGAAGUUAAGCUAGAAUCACUGAUCUUGUGGCACUCCAUGGAACAGGUAUGGUUGAGUUGUAGCUUUUGACUUAUUUUGAAAAUUGCAGGUGAGUUGACAGAACACGAGAACAGGCCGGAAGCAGCAGAGAGAAAAGGAAGUAAUUAAAUAUAAGCUAGCCUCUAUUUGAGAUAUUUGGUACAUUUUGAAGAAGUAUAUGCUUAUGUUUUGGUCAUUCAAAGUUUAUCAGAAUGGCUGCAGACACCUUAGAAAUAGUGCAAUUUGUUUUUUUUUGUAGUUCCUUGGGAUGGAUUGGUCAUUAAAUUAUACUUUGGAAACUUACAUGAGAAAUUAAAGUAGAAGAAAUGGAGCUGCACUAAAAUAAGCAAGUGUUGGUACAUGGUCAUCAUGCUAAUUGUCAGAAUGCCAGUGGAGCAAAUGAAGUUCCUUCAAUUCCAGCUGAAACCUAGCUCCGUUCCCGAUUUAUUUAGCUCAAUUUUUACAUCUAAAACCAGUGAAGUGAUUUAGGUAUAUUAUCACAAUGUAGAAAUGUGAGUUUUGCUAUUUGACAAAACCUCGACCAGCAGUUAAAUGUACAUUGGGUUGAUAAAAUGCACCAUCUUCAUCUUAUUGUGCCCCAAAUCUUUAAAUUAAACGUGAAUCCCUGUAUUUUUUACACUUCAGUGCUAUCUGAAUUUUCCUGUGCUUCAUAGACCGAAUGUGUAUAUUUCAAGAUCAGUACAUGUGCACAAUUUAAAAACAUAAGUUUAUUAUUUAAAUCCAGCCUAUUGAUCUUUAAUGUUGCAUUGAUGCCUACAGUGCAAUAAUGGCAUGUAAAUGUUUACAAGAUUAUAAAACCAGUUAAAGUUCAAACAAUGUAACAUUGUACAUUCUGUUAAUAUUUAACUGAUUUCUGCCUGCUGACCAUCCAAAUUGAGUGGUUGGUCCCAGUGCCCUCGUAUUUUAUCAAAUCUAUUUUGUCUCUUUGUAGGUAUUGGUUUUCCAUUUUUGAUUGUACCCUAUAAAAUUUCAUUCCUCAUUUCCUUCUCUUCACCCUCAAAAUCAAACAAAACCAUGAUACCAAAUGAACUUAUUAUGAAGUGUCUUUUAUUAAGGAAUAUUCAAUUCAGUUGUGCCUUGUAGUUGCUGACUUGUAUAGUGCUUUACUUGCCAAGUAAGUUUUCAAUAUGUAAAGAUAUUGGUAUAUUAAUGUUUGGAUUCUAAUCAAUUUGAUUCUAAUCAAUCUGUCAAUCAUUUGACCUGUACUUGCAGUUAUUCUAAUAAUGGAGAAUUACAGCUUUUGCCCACUUGCAGAGACAUGUUUACAGAUACCCACUUUUUCUCAGGAUUGAAGGCCUUUCUCCUGCCACAAUUUUCUUCAACUGCAUUCUUCCCAUUUUAAUCCUGUUCUCUAGCAUAGGGUUAAUUUAACUUGCAAACUAACUGUGCAUAUAUUUGAAAUGGUGCUCUUUGUAGCUUUAAAGUAAUAACUCGGAAGUAUGAAAAACAAUGUCUCAGUUGUUGCGUUUACAUUAAUGCAAAUAUUUGAGAAGCCUUGAUGAUCCUGGACCAGAACAUUGUAAAAUGCGAUUUGUGAAUUAUACCUUUAAUCUGCCAGGCCCUUUCAUCCUGUAAACUUCAAAAUCCUGGAUAAAGGUACAUUAGCACUAACCACCUUUCCACAAAUGCCAAAAAUGGAUGAGCAAAUAACAUAGGUCUCCAACUGAGUCCAAGAAGAGCUCCUGUCAAAGGUUUCGACAUGGAUUUCCUGGUGUUAUACAGAAAUUAAAAACCAUAUAAAUCUCUCACAUAAUCCCUUUUUGUGUUGCAUCCAUUUUGGCAGCAACGGUGUAUUUUCAUGGGAAGAAUUACAUCAAGUAGUCAUCCUCUAGUUCAUAAAUGCCACCUUGAGUCUGCCUGAAAUCAGGAAAUGCUGUACUAUAGGAAUACUGUACUGUUUCACGCUUUGUUUUAGUUCUUUUUGCCUCUGUCCAUCCUAAAAUAUCAGGUGAAUGCUGUUGUAGUGUGUGGAUGUAUGGUAUGCCUAAUCUGAGGGGCAGGAGUUUGCUGUUGAGUGAAGCUCUUCAAAGAUUGCCCUUUGUGUAUGCACACAAACCAAUACAGGAGAGGAAGGAAAGUGUAGUGUUGAAACCUAAUUGGUGUGGCUGAGAGGUUAGUUUGAAGUGGUGUGCUGGAUGUGUUUAACACACACAGUAGAUUGCAUGCAAAGAUUUCAUUGAGAUAAUGGAGGAACAGGGGAGAGAGGGGUGCAUUUCUUAAACCUUCUCCUGCUCUUUCACUAUAACUAGCCAGGGAACCUCCCACCUUUUGCCAAAGUUAUACUAGGUGGAAGCCCCAGGGAGAUUAGCCUUCAAUUUAUUUAAAUAUCUUGGAAUCGUACUUAUGUUAAAGUAAUGAAUGUAAAGGCUGGACUUUGGGGGGGCAAAAAAAAGGCAUUCCUACAGUUCGCUGACGUUUCUACAACUAUAGUGAACUGCAGUGUUUACAGCUUUACCGGGUGCUCUAUUUGUUGCCUACAAGCAUAUCUUAAAACAAAUGUAAUAUCUUUUGCUGUCUUAUUGCAAAAUGGCUUCUGCAUAAAGCACUGUGAUAUGGACAAUCUACUGAAAGUUCAAUUCCACUAUUGUCUUUCUAAAUGAGAUUUUCUAUUAUAUGAAUCUCUAAUUGGAAGUUACAAACCAAAAACAUGUUCUUUUUAUAAAAGCCAGCAACUGUGGAUGCUGGAAACCUGAAAUAAAACAAUGCUGGAGAAACUCACCAGAUCUUGCUGCAUCUGUAGAGAGAGAAACAUUUAAUGUUUCAAGUCCAAAGUGACUUCUUAAGAACUCAUUCCAAUGCACUUUUAUUUGCUUCCCCUUUCAUGGACAUUCAUCUUAUCUUGAGUGUUUCUGCACUGAGAUCUUUACCACAUUCCAGUUUCUCUGGUGUUUUGCAAAUCGGCACAUAAUUGUACAAUAAUUGUGUUUGGAGAAUAAGAAUCUUCAUAGCGAGAUGAACUUAGUCUUUCCCUUCCAACUCAGUAUGUGCUGUGCUUCUGUUUCAUAGUGCUCUCUUAAUAGUGUUAUUUAUUUAUUUUAAUUGAUUCAGACUCCGGUAGUUUACAGACCUUAUAAAGUGGACAGACUGGGGGAUUUGGCUGAUUAUUCCUAAUACAAAACUGACAUCUUGUAUAAUCUAAAAGUUACAAAAAUCAAGAUGUUGUAUGAAGUGCCUUAGAUAUUAUUUAAAAUCUUUUUGAUGUGGAGGUGCUGGUGUUGGACUGGGAGGGACAAAGUCAGAAGUCACACGACACCAAGUUAUAGUCCAACAGGUUUAUUUGAAAUCACAAGCUUUUGGAGUUGCUCCAUUGUCAGGUAAAUCUUGGUUAAGUUGAGGGGGUGGAAAGGGUAUCUUUAUACACAGAAUGGAAAUAAAAGGCAAGCAUUUUUUUUGGUUCUGUCAGCCCAGCUGCUUUAAAGGGAAAUGAUAAUAGUCCUUUAAAAGGAAAGAAAAAGUUAUUGGUCGAUACAAACUCCCAUUUUAAAGACGUCAGGGCCAGUUUUCUUUUUACUUCCAUUUGAGCAGUGACAUUGCCAACACUGUGUGUCUGCUGAGAGGCUCCUAAACAGCCAGAACUUAAUUGGCAAAACAACCUGGAAAUCAUGUGAUAAGUUCACCAGCUGAUAAUGUUGUGCCCUGGGUUCCAGUAAUUCUGAAAUUGGCGUCCAUCCAACCCACAAUUAUUUUUUUUAAAGUUGUUCUGAUUGUAAACAUCAGAACAGCGGUGCAGUGACGGAGUUCUGGGGGAAAAGAAAUCAGGAAAUCCUAGAAUGACUCAGCAGAUCAGUGAAGAAUCAGUUACCCUUACAGGUCAAUGACAUUUUAUCAGCUAUAUGUUGAUUUAAAAUAAAGCUACUUUCCCCAAAAGUCCCCUUAAAAACACAUACAAAGUAUUCUUUUUAUGCAUAAAAUGACACAACAUUAUGUUCAAUUUGUACCACCCUAUUAUCAAGUUUGGAGUUUGCAUUCUGAGGUUAUCUGACCAUUGUCCCAUGUUAUUUUUUGGACUAUUGAGAGACAAAUACCUUCAUUUCUAACCAUUUGUUACUUGAAUUGACUAAAAUGUAUAAAUGAAGGAAGAUUUCAGCAAAAGGCUAAUGGAUGCUAUACAUGACUUUGAGCUAAGAAAGUGAAAGCUGUUAUCACUUGUUUUAUAUGUCCUUCAUUACUACUAAACCCAGAUCUAUGAAGUUUGUCCAUGAAGGACAUGCCCAUUGCUCAGUCAACAGUAUAGUGGAAAUGAAAGCGUUCUAGAUCAAGUAAUCUGUACCUUAGUAGCAAAUUAUACAUGGGCUGUGAUUUAGUUUUGAAACACGUGAAGAGAUAAUCAGCUAUCAGACUAAUUUCAUUAUGUUAAUUUUUUCCACUAAAAAUUAAUACUUAAAGUAUUUUCAUAUCCAAAUACUUUAAAUGCCUCAUUUGAAUAAAACGUAAAAUCAAUGUAUUAUCAGUAAGGCUGCAUUUGAAACAGAAAUGGAAUGGACGUGUUAACCCUAAGUCAAUAGAAUAACUUGUUUAUUGCGCAGUUAAAAUCAGAUGGCUAUUUUUACUGAUUUAAUUAUGGUGUAACAGCACUGGAAACUACUUUGCCUGAGAACUUGACCUUACUUUCUGCUUGUAUUUCACGUUAGUACUUUCUGCAUCAAAAGAAAUUGGUGUGAAUUUAAUUAACAGAGCUAAUUUAUUGGAAAUGGCAAUCUAAAGCAAUCCCUUUGUGAAAGCUUUACUAACUGAAAUACCAUAUUACGUUAUCCAUUUGUCUUCCAAACUUUCAAGAUCUACCUAAGUUUAGCUUAUUUUAAACUUGCCACUUUUCAGCUCCUCAUCUAUCUGGGUACUUGUUUUAAAUCCGGUCUCUACUUUUUAAAAUCAAGAUUUAUCUUAAAAACAAGAUUAAUUAACAGGAUUUAACAAUGUAACUUUAAUUUGAAAGUCAGUGUGGGUAAAUGAAAGGUGAAGAAACUCAUGAUGAUGUAAAUCCAUUUUCAGGCCAGACUAAGAGAAAUAACUGAAAAAAACUUACAAAUAAAAGUUUUCUCCUCACUUCAUUUUGUAAUAAAACAAAAAAUGUUUUGUUGCAAAACAAUACUGGUGUGAUUUUUAAAAAAAUCAAGUGGAGCUUGUCCUGUGAAGACUGGUGUUUAAAAAAUAUUUACAUGGGAAGUACAUAUCUCUAGUUGAAUAUAUAAUUUCAAAAACAUUAAUGCAUUGAUAGGUUUUUGUUUUUGUUAAGUAUUAUUUUAAACAAUAAAUCUUGAAUAUAACAGCAUUGAAUGCAAUUUUUUUUGUAAUGCAACUGACUGUGUCAGGAGCAGAAUUAAGAAUAAGGCAUAAAAUGCUUCAGUUCUUCUGUCAUAUGAGUAGCUUUUAUUGAAUUUAUUUUCACUUUGUGGGGUUUAUUGUUUCCUUUUUCUACUGCUUUGGGAAAGAAAUGAAUAGUUCUGCAGAGACGUGGGUAGACUAAAUGACAUUGUCAUUUAUUGUGCUAACCCGUAUGUUCCAUGGACAUGGUCUGAUAAGUUUGUAAUCUAUCAUUUCUCUACACUGGAAAAUAUUGUUUUAUCAGAAUAAGCAGAAAUUUUAUAUUGGUUAUAUGGAAAAUUCCUGGAAUCAGCUUCUUGGCUAAUUUUAAAGUUUGUAUAAAUGUCCUUGUACACAGUUUUAGAUUUCAUU